AUGGAUGUGAGGUUCUACCCCGCGGCGGCCGGGGACCCCGCCGGCCUGGACUUCGCGCAGUGCCUGGGGUACUACAGCUACAGCAAGUUUGGAAAUAACAAUAACUACAUGAAUAUGGCUGAGGCAAACAACGCUUUCUUUGCAGCCAGCGAGCAGACAUUCCAUACACCAAGCCUUGGGGAUGAGGAGUUUGAAAUACCCCCCAUCACGCCGCCUCCAGAGUCGGAUCCCGCCCUGGGCAUGCCUGAUGUCCUUCUGCCUUUUCAAGGCCUCAGCGAUCCGUUGCCUUCCCAGGGAAGUGAAUUCACGCCCCAGUUUCCCCCUCAAAGCCUGGAUCUUCCUUCGAUAACAAUCUCAAGAAAUCUCGUGGAACAAGAUGGCGUGCUUCAUAGCAGUGGGUUGCAUAUGGAUCAGAGCCACACACAAGUUUCACAAUACCGCCAGGAUCCCUCUGUGAUCAUGAGGUCCAUCGUCCACAUGACGGAUGCUGCUCGCUCUGGGAUCAUGCCUCCUGCCCAGCUCACCACCAUCAACCAGUCUCAGCUCAGCGCCCAGUUGGGGUUGAAUUUGGGAGGUGCCAGUGUGCCCCACACGUCUCCUUCACCUCCUGCGAGCAAAUCUGCGACUCCCUCCCCUUCCAGCUCCAUCAACGAGGAGGAUGCUGACGAAUCCAACAGAGCCAUCGGAGAGAAAAGAGCUGCUCCGGAUUCUGGCAAGAAGCCCAAGACUCCAAAGAAAAAGAAAAAGAAAGAUCCCAAUGAGCCACAGAAGCCAGUGUCAGCAUAUGCCCUGUUUUUCAGAGACACACAGGCUGCAAUUAAAGGUCAGAACCCCAAUGCGACCUUUGGAGAGGUCUCAAAAAUCGUAGCAUCUAUGUGGGACAGCCUCGGGGAAGAACAAAAGCAGGUAUAUAAAAGGAAAACAGAAGCUGCCAAAAAAGAAUACCUGAAAGCCCUGGCUGCAUACAGGGCCAGCCUCGUUUCUAAGGCUGCCGCCGAAUCAGCAGAAGCCCAGACCAUUCGCUCUGUUCAGCAGACCCUGGCGUCCACCAACCUGACCUCCUCCCUCCUUCUCAACCCUCCGCUGUCUCAGCACGGAACCGUGUCCGCCUCCCCUCAGACUCUCCAGCCGUCGCUGCCUCGGUCGAUUGCUCCCAAACCCUUGACCAUGAGACUCCCCGUGAACCCGAUGGUCACGUCGGUCACCAUCGCCGCCAGCAUGCCGUCGAACCUUGGGGCUCCGCUGCUCAGCUCCAUGGUGGGCUCGGCACCCUCCGCGCAGGUGAACCCGUCGGUGCAGACGCCGCCGCCGCAGCAGCAGCAGAUGCAGCAGCUCCAGCAGCAGCAGCAGCAGAUGCAGCAGCUCCAGCAGCAGCAGCAGCUCCAGCUGCAGCAGCAGCAUUUCCAGCACCACGUGCAGCUCCAGCAGCAGCUGCAGCAGCGCCUCCAGCUGCAGCAGCUGCACCACAUGCAGCAUCAGUCCCAGCCUUCUCCCCGGCAGCACUCCCCAGCCACCUCCCAGAUCACGUCCCCCAUCCCCAGCCUCGGGAGCCCCCAGCCGGCCUCUCAGCAGCAUCCGUCGCAGAUGCAGUCUCAGACACAGACUCAAGUAUUAUCGCAGGUCAGUAUUUUCUAAAGACGAACGCGCGGGGCAGGCGGUUUGUGCCGCGUCUGGAAGAGGGUGGCCGUCGGAGGGUACACCCCAGGCGGCUGCCACUCGUGGAGUCGGGGUGUGGUGGUGCAGAAAGGUGUCACGAUCGCGGCGGUUCUCUCCAGUGUCUAUUAGAUAGGCAAGAAGAACUAAACAGUGGAGCUGAAAGAUCUCGAAACGACUCUGUUUUUAAACAAGAAAAGCUGUGCUCUUCUAUGUGAUGGCUUUUUUAUUUAUUCAGGCUCUACCUACAAUAUGUGAAUCAAACCGUGUCAUGAAUCCUAGGACAGACUGAUGACUAUAAUAAACUGGCCUCUCUGAGUCAUAGCAAAUGGCCUUAUUUCUCCCGAAGUGAAGAAUCCCCACUUCAAGGCGACUGGAACUUCCGAAGCCCUAAAAAUAAAAAGCACAGUCAGUAACUACCUGAAAUCUGAAGAUCCAGUUUCAUACAAACAUUUGUAUGACGUCAAUCGUUGAUGGCAUUUUUUUGUCAUGAAAAAAAAAAUGUAAAUCACAGACUUUUGCCAAAGCUCUUAUUUUUUUCCUUAAAUCUCUCCAGAAAAAAAAAGAAAAAAAAAAUGCAAGUGAUUAGAUUCAACUAUUGACUCCUUUUCACUUUUUAUCCAUGACUUCUCCAAACCAAACCACAGUAUAUGUUGUAACACUAUGACCACUGUUAGCCCAUUCUAUUCAUUCCAAUUAGAAGAAAAGAAUGUGAAUAUUAUAUUCUGUGUUUUGAGUGACAAGUUUCGAAAAUUAAAAACACUGUAUUUUUAAAAGGGAAAUGCACUUAAAUGAAGACAGUUAUUACAAAAGUUAAGAUUUAAAAAAAAGCAAGAGUUUUUAUUAUGAUGUAAUACCGGUAGAAUAUUUAAAAGGCGCACCACAUCUGAAUAAUCAAUGUAAAUAUUUUCUUUCAAAGUUGUAAGUUUUCAUAUCAUGUGUUGUAAAGUUUUCAUAAACGAGGCUUUAACGUAAACACUGGUGACAUAAACCAUUCAUUGCUACGUUGCUUAUUGUGUUUUUAUGCUGUUUUAUACUUUUUUAUGAGUUAUGAUAGCAGCAAUUAAGUUGUUUGUAUUUUGCUUAACUAAAACAAAAAUGCUUUUAUCUUGCUAUAGAAUAAACACAUUUCAGUAAAAACUGUGGACUGUAUUUUGAUGCAACAACCAGGCAACUGUUCACUUUUCAAAUAAAAUGAUAUGUCAAAUUUCACUUGUGUUUCCUUGAAUAUGUAGAAAAUGGGGAAAAUAGAUCCCAUACCAACCUGUUUUUAAGCCCAGGUAUCUUCAAUUUUUAGCUGAAAAUGCGAGAUUUACAGCUAAGAAUGUGGAUUGCAUGGCCCCAAACUUGGGCCUGUUAAAAAGAAGCUAAACCAUUAGAAAUAGAACCAUUAAUGGAAUUCCCUGGCGGCCCAGUGGUUUAGGACUCUGAGCUUCCAGUGAUGAGGGCACAAGUUCGAUCACUGGUGGGGGAACUAAGAUCCUACAAACUGUG